AAAGAGAGGGAGAGGACAAUUACAUGGAGUCAUCUCUUCAAGCCCAUUGCGGCUAUCCCCUGUUAAGGAGAAACGAAAACUUUAAAUAGGUAGAGCAACAUUAGAAAAAAAAUGAAACAGAGAGGACAAUUACAUGGACUGAUCUCUGCAUCCAUCUCUUCAAACCCAUUGCGGCUAUCCCCUGUAAGGGAAAACAUGAAAGAGAUAGAGCAACAUUUGCCAGAAAGAAAAAAAAAAAGGAGAGAGAGAGAUAGAGAGGACAAUUAAUUACCUGCAUCCAUCUUUCUCAAGACAUCCAAAGGACGAUUUCGAGUAUAGAAGCAUGUUUCAACAAUAAUCCUGAGUCGUCUGAGACCGUGAAAGAACCCAUUGCGGCAAUAGUGUUACCCUGUAAGGAGACAAGAAAAACAUGAGAGGUAGAAAAAUGCAAAAAUUGGAACCAAGAGAAGAGAGGACAAAUUAUUACCUGCAUCCGAAUGAAACAGUUGGUUGAUGUUUCCAGCGCCUGCAAGCAGACAGACAAAAACAAAUCAAGACUCAGGAAGAACAAACAUGACACUAGUGACAUCAUUGAUUAAUGGACACACACACCUUUAAGGUAGAAGACUUAUGACCCAAAAAACGAAUCCUUCUUAUUAGAAAAUGCUCCUGAAAAGAUAAAGUCUUUGUAAAAUUUACACAUAGAGUCUCCUGUAAUAUCAUCAUCAUAAGCAUGUACCUUUGAUCGAACAACCAUACGGCGGAUAUUCAUGAUAUCAUAAGCCAUGUCGUGUUCCAGAAUCUUACGUGCCUGUAGAGUAAAAAGUAAUAAAUCCAUGAAAACGUUAACUGAAAUUUUAUUUAUUUUUUACAAACAAAAGCAAAGCAAAGCAGAAGCUUUACCUGACGAGAAGGGACACUUCUGGACAGAAGUGUAAGCAAGUCUCUAGCUUUGACGAUGAUGUACGGAUCUCUCCUAAACUUCCCUCAAAACUUCAGAAGUGCCUCAUAGCUCGUUUCCUUACACGUCCGGCGGUUACGUCAACGACCUUAUGGAUUGGUCCUAACGGCGGUUUUAGUUUUAACCCCCUUUUUUUUCACACGCUCUCUAUUUUCUUUGUUAACAUGAACCAAAACCUCUCUGUUUCUAAACUCGUUAACACACUGUUAUUACCAAGUACAAAUUAAGCAGAAAGAUGUCUUAUUGGGCCCAACUUUUAUUCUCUUAGUGGGCCUACUUAUUGACCCAUUGGUCAAACGUGAGAAAUAUUAUUAUUCUUUUUUCUUUCUUUCUUCACCCAUUUAUUUAUUUAUUUAUUUUAUUUUCUCUUAAACCCGGAGCUCAAUUUCAGAUUUGCUUGAAGCAUCUUGCACAGAAGGUGUUUGAUUAAAUUUCUCAGAGAGCAUCUCUCUUUCACUGGGUUCGAUACUUUCCCUACGUUAACGCGCGUAGAUGCUUUGACCUAACUCAGGACUCGUCUGAAACCUCGUACUCUCUUUCUGGUUCGUAAGCGAUGCUGGUCCGCUCUAUUGUCCUUUUCUCUCUCACUUACUUGUCUACUAACACGGCUCACUAUUUCGGCCCUCUUACCAGCUAAUGCCGAGGAGACCCACAAGAGAAAUUGAAUUUUUCAGUUUAGAAUUUUGAAAAUUGAGACAACGGGGGAAAGAGCGGGAGAGUGCACUAUCCAUCCAUUGACGAAGCUCAAUGUCUCCAGGGGUUCGAAGUCUUACGGUCCUCGGAAAGUUCAAACCUUUCGGUCUAAUCGCUGAAGCUACUGAUUGUAAACCUCCGGACGUUGAUGUUUCCGAUUCCUACGAGUAUUUUCUGUUCGAUCCUCAUCUCACCGGCCAGGGAAACGAUGGUGAUGGCAAUGAAGCUAACUUCUCGCGGCAGAGAGAGCAUGAGCUCUUCAUCCGACACAACCGCAUAAUCUGGACAAGCGGUUCACGCGUGCUCAAGCGGUUCACCUUGUCUUCUCCCAUCAUCAAGGCAUGCUGGAGUCACCUGGGUCGAGGACCAGAAGCUUUCCUUUGUGUCUUACAAAUUGGUUGUUUAACAGUAUACAGCACGUCAGGGGAAGUUGUAUCUGUUCCACUUUCACGUACUGUCAUAUCAAUAUGGCCUCUACCGUUUGGUCUACUUCUUCAGCAAGCUGCUGAAGUGAAUCAAUCAUCACACAUUCCAUUUUCUUCUGCUACCCCCACUCUUGCUUCCCGUGAGAUGCUGCGCCAAAGAAAAGAAACUGGGAAUAUUUCACCACAGAAUUUUCAUUCCUCGGUCGCGCAUGAACUUACUAGCAGAAGAGACAUGUCUUCCCAUCUGAUCCUAAGAGAUCCAUUAGAGGAACCUGAGCCAAUCUAUCUAGAAGAGAGGGGAAAGUUGAACAUAAUGAAGGACUACGAUGAGAGAACAAUUUGGACAAGUGACCGUCUUCCCCUUAUGACCUCAUAUAACAAAGGCAAGAUGCAACAUUCUGUGUGGGCAGCCGAGUUUAUAGAUUCUAACCGUGAAGCUUCUGCUUCAUGUUCAAGCGGCGUGGCUCCUGAUACUGUUUUUCCGAAGCGAGUAUCUUUUCGCAGAAUAUGGCAAGCCAAAGGUGCUAAGAAAGCUGCAUCUAAGGUCUUUUUGGCAACUGACGAUGCAGUCCCAGUAAUUUGCUUUCUGAUUCUAGAACAAAAGAAGCUGUUAUCGGUGGGACUCCAAACUGUUGAGAUCAAUAAUGAAAUUCUGUUUGACGUUAAGCCUGAUAUAAGCUGGAGUGUCUCUGCAAUUGCUGCCGCACCUGUUGUUGUGACACGCUCUCAAGUGAAAAACGGACUGCUUCCACAUUUGGAUAUCAUUGUUUUAUCUCCAGAAAAUGACCUCGUUCUUUAUUCAGGAAAACAAUGUCUCUGUAAAUAUGUACUGCCAUCUGGGUUUGGGAAAAAUCUCGUUUCUGGAGAUAGAGAGUCCGCAGAAAAAGAUUCAGGUCCCCGGGACCUGAAGAUUACAGGAUUAUCUGAUGCUGUGUUAGGAUGUAUCAAUUUAUCAGUAAAUCAUUCACAGAUCUUUCGGUGUGCCUUAACUGGUAGUCCUUCAUCUUCACUUGCAAAUGAUUGCAUAGCAGCCUUAGCUGAGGGAUUACAAUCGGAUUUGUAUAAUUUAUUUCUCUCUCUUCUUUGGGGAGACGAUAAUUCUGAUCAGAAAGGCUCCUGUGUUCAUUUUGAAUGGGAAGCGUUUUGCAACAUUUUUCUUGGGAUCUGUAAGAAACCUACUGAUGUACAUCAGAAGCAACCCAAAACAUCAUCAGAGUCCUCCUGGGAGUUUCUUCUCAGCAGCAAGUUUCAUAAGGCCUACCCUAGGUUUCACAGUGGCAUCAUUUCAAACAAUUCUUCGGAUCUGGAAGGAAUUGUCCCAUUUGGUACUAAGACUGGUGGUGGAAAAAUCCCAAGCAAGUCAAUGGAAUUGAUGGUCCAGAGUUUAGAUUGUCUUCAUGCAGUAUAUGAGAGUUUGAAGAUGGAUAAUCUGCGGAAACAGGAUUUGCAUCAGCUAGCUGUUUUAUUGUGCAAUAUUGCCAAGUUCCUGGGUGAGAAGUGUUACAUAGAUCACUACAUACGUGAUUUUCCUCGUCUUUCCGAAACUAUCCGGGCAUGCACAACCCUUUCUUCUAGCAGAAAACCUCCAAAUCUGUUCAGAUGGUUUGAGAACUGUUUAAGACGGGGAUCUUUACCCACAAACCUUGAUGACCUCCCAGAUUUGAUCCGUAAAGAUGGUUGCUCCAUUGUGAGCUGGGCAAGGAAAAUUGUUUCCUUCUACAGUGUGCUAUUUGGUGAUAAGCCAGUAGGACAAAAACUUUCGUCAGGUGUGCCCUGUAAUAUUUCCCCAGGAUCAUAUUCCAGUAACGAGGAACUUGCUAUCUUAGCUAUGGCUGGAGAGAGAUUUGGGCUUCAUCAACUGGAUUUGCUACCUUCUGGUGUAUCUCUCCCUCUGAGACAUGCUCUGGAUAGCUGUCGAGAAUCUCCUCCGGCUGACUGGCCAGCAAUUGCUUAUGUGCUUCUUGGUCGAGAAGAUAUGGCCCUCUCCGUCUUCAGAAAUUUGAGCUCAUCUAAGGAAUUUGAGAUGCAAUCAGAUACGAGUUUAAUAUCCAUGUUCAUACCUUACAUGCUGCACUUGCAUCCAGUAAUUGUCCCAUCCUCUUUAUCUGAGUCAGUUGGCAUGGAAAACAGUAAGAUUGAGGAUACAAGUUCCGUGGAUGGUUCUGUGAUAGAUGGAAUGGAGCAUAUCUUCAACUCCUAUACGCAGUUACGGUAUGGACGAGAUCUACGGCUGAAUGAGAUCCGACGUCUUUUGUGCUCUGCACGACCUGUGAUAAUACAAACGUCUGCUAACCCUACUAUAUCUGAUCAAGAGCAGCAACAGGACCAGCUAUGGCGCAUAGCACAGAGGACUGCUGUGCUUCCCCUUGGGCGUGGAGCAUUCACAUUAUCUACAAUACACACUCUUUUAACUGAGGCGUUUACUGUGCCAAAGCUUGUUUUGGCUGGUCGGCUGCCUGCCCAACAAAAUGCCAUCGUUAAUCUAGAUCCAAACGUAAGGAAUAUCCAAGAACUUAAGACGUGGCCGGAGUUUCAUAAUGCUGUUGCUGCUGGGUUACGACUGGCUCCGCUUCAGGGAAAGGUCUCCAGAACGUGGAUUAAAUACAAUAAACCUGGAGAGCCAAAUGCUGUUCAUGCUGGACUUCUGUUUGGGCUGGGGUUACAGGGAUAUUUGCAUGUGUUAAACCUUAGUGACAUAUACCAAUAUUUCACUCAGGACCAUGAGAGCACCACUGUAGGUUUGAUGCUUGGUCUGGCGGCUUCUUAUAGGAGAACAAUGCAACCUGAAAUCGCAAAGGCUCUCUUUUUCCAUGUUCCCGCGCGAUACCAAGCUUCAUAUGCUGAGUUUGAGAUACCAACACUUCUGCAGUCUGCAGCUUUAGUCUCUGUUGGCAUUCUAUUUGAAGGAUCAGCACACCAGCAGACAAUGCAAUUACUUCUGGGUGAAAUUGGCCGCCGAAGUGCAGGGGACAAUAUUCUUGAAAGGGAGGGUUAUGCUGUAUCUGCAGGAUUCUCACUUGGUCUUGUUGCAUUGGGCCGUGGAGGUGAUGCGCUCGGUUCGCUGGACCCCUUUGUCAAUCGCUUACUCCAGUAUUUGGGAGCAAAAGAGGGAAGAUCUCUCCUUGCACCUUCAAACGAAGAUCACCGAAGUGCUGCACAGAUAACAGACGGAAGCACUUCCAAUGUUGAUAUAACUGCACCUGGAGCGAUAAUUGCUCUCGCAUUGAUGUAUCUUAAGACAGAAUCAGAGGUCAUUUUCUCAAAGCUCUAUAUUCCACAAACCCAUUAUGAGUUGGAGUGCGUAAGGCCUGAUUUCAUAAUGCUCCGUGUCAUUGCUCGGAACUUAAUAAUGUGGAGCAGGAUCCGUCCUACAUGUGAGUGGAUUGAGUCCCAAGUUCCUGAAGUUGUCAAAAAUGGCAUCAGCCACCUCCAAGAUGACAUGGAUGAUAUGUAUGAGAUGGAUGUUGAAGCCCUUGUGCAGGCAUAUGUCAAUAUAGUGGCCGGGGCCUGCAUUUCACUUGGGCUGAGAUUUGCUGGUACACGAGAUGGAAAUGCUCGUGACUUGCUUUACAACUAUGCUCUCUAUCUUCUGAAUGAGAUCAAGCCUGUUUCUGCUACAUCUGGAACUGCAUUUCCGAGGGGAAUAUCUAAAUUUGUUGACAAGGGAACGCUUGAAAUGUGUCUUUAUCUUGUCAUUCUUUCCCUUUCAGUGGUCAUGGCGGGAUCAGGGGACUUGCAAAUAUUUCGGUUGUUGAGGUUUCUCCGUAGCCGAAACUCUGCUGAUGGACAUGCUAACUAUGGCACUCAGAUGGCGGUGAGCUUAGCAACAGGUUUCUUGUUUCUUGGGGGUGGUAUGCGAACAUUUUCAACGAGUAAUGGCUCAAUUGCUAUGUUGCUCAUCACUCUCUAUCCACGGUUGCCUUCUGGACCAAAUGACAAUCGUUGUCACCUCCAGGCUUUCAGGCAUUUAUAUGUCCUUGCAACAGAGGCUCGUUGGCUGCAGACUAUUGAUGUUGAUUCCGGCCUGCCUGUAUAUGCCCCUCUAGAAGUCACAGUAAAAGAGACAGAACUUUAUUCAGAAACAAGAUUUUGCGAGGUUACCCCGUGCAUUCUGCCAGAGCGUGCUAUUCUAAAGAGAAUUUGUGUAUGUGGUCCUCGAUACUGGCCCCAACAAGUUGAGCUUGUCCCAGAAGAGAAACAUUGGUGGAGCUUUGGUGACAAGAGUGAUCCCUUCAGUUCUGGUGUUAUACAUGUCAAAAGGAAAGUAGGAGCUUGUUCGUAUGUCGAUGAUCCAGUUGGGUGUCAGUCACUGCUUUCACGAGCAAUGCAUAAGGUUUUUGGUUUAAGAACUUUAGGCGAAUCCAACACGCUUGCUAAUAGUCAUAGAGAACUGGAUUCUGAUAGCGUUGAUCACUUGGUCAGCACUUUCUCAUCUGAUCCAAGCCUAAUAGCCUUUGCACAGUUGUGCUGUGACAAAACUUGGAAUGACAGAUCUGAUUCUGAUUUCAAGGAGUUCUGUCUGCAAGUGUUGUUCGACUGUAUAAGCAAGGAUAGGCCAGCUCUUUUGCAGGUUUAUUUAUCUUUGUAUACAACUAUUGCUUCAAUGGCUGAUCUGCUAGUCAAAACCGAUAGUAAUGUGUGUGAUUCACUUUCCAUCUCAAGCCUCAAGGUUGCUCUUGCCUACAACGAGGCGGUAACAAGCGGAAGAUUGGCCUCUUCAGGUGGCUUUGUUCAAUCCAUCUUCUUAGCAUCACUGGGGAAACGGUGUGAAGAGAUACUGAAUUGCUCAACCGAGCUGAAGAUUAACUUGAGGAACUAUUUGACCUCAGAGGCAUGGUCUGAUGAUCAUAACUCUAAGCUGCAGAAAGAUACAAUCCUUCUCUCGUGGUAUUUAAAAUGGUUCAGUGUACCGUCUCCAUCGAUCAUCAGAGCAGCAGUGGAAAAGAUCAAAUCCAAAUUCAAUAUCUCAACUUCGGCAGUUCCUUUGUUACGAUUGUUGUUACCAAGUACGCAUAUUAGUGCCAUUAGUGAGAUUGAUAGGGUCUUUUUCCCAUCAAAUGUAACAAUUGCAUUGUGAAAGCAUGAUUUUGGUGGUUCUAAUUUAAAUGGCUAUUAAAUUACCACAGAUUAA